UUCCGACGCUUAGUCUUGUAACUGAAGUGCCUGCUGCUGCAUUAACGGCACGGCACCACACAACAUUGUCAGACGACGAUUUUGGUUGGUUGUAUAAGUGAUGAAUGAAAAAUAAAAAAUUAUUUAAUAUUCCAAGUGUAAUCGGAAAGAAAGUGGUCGGCAAGAGUGGCAGCAGCAGCAGUCGUACCGUGAUCGUGAACAUAAUCGUGCCAGUGUGUUGCACCUAAAAACGGACGGAAAGAGUGAAUGUUCGCGCGCAUGCGUUUCAAAGUUAAAACCAAAAAUUCGGUAAUGCAACGCAUGAAGAUAUGAUAAAAAGAAAUAAAUGAAGAAAAUUGUAAAAAAUUCCAAUAAAAACAAAUUUCUGGGAAAAAACUAAAUGAUACGGAUUUGAAAGAAUCUAGCAAAAAAACCCUCCCAUACGUAUACUAAAAUAAAUGCCAUCAACUCCUAGACAAAUUUAGAAUUUGUGCCUCGGGAAUACAACAAUCGACUCUAAAACACAAAAACCAAAAGUAAACAUUGAUUCCAUUCCUCCAGUACUAUAUACCAAAAAAUAAAUAUGAUAUCAAACACUCGUUGGAAUGUGGUGGCAUUGGUUGUUGUUCUUGCCACAGUGAUAGCUUUAAUAAUGCCAUCACAUUUUGCAACAGCCUUCGAUGUGAGCCGCAUGACACCGGUAGCAGAUCGAAACAUACGAACCGGAAAUAAAAUGCUCAUUGAAAAGGAAAUAAUCGAAGAACGUCAGGUUGUUAGUGAAAAUGAUUCGAAUUCGACGCAGGCGGAGGUAGCACUAGAUGAGGAUAUGUCUUUCCCUGGUGAAGAUGACGGUGACAGUGAUGAUGGUGUUCUGGAUGUGAACGAGAUACCAGUGCGCUAUGAUGAGGCACAAUUAUGGCGAGUUUACAAUAUCUCCAAUGCAAUGAGUCGCAGAAAUAUGCUGCCUUUGGGUGAUAUUCUUGAGAGUAAAUAUGGUGGUACUAUAUGGAAAGAAAAUUCCAAAUUCUUGGAUGUUUCGAUAGACAAGAAACAUGUAAAAGCAGCUCGAGCCUUUUUGGAAGAUCACAAUCUGAAUACCGAAGUACUAAACUAUAAUAUUCAAGAAAUGAUAGAUAAUGAGGCAGCAGUGGGAGCCAAUUUGACACAAAGUGAAGCAGGACAAAGAACAAAGAAGGCUGCCCGCAGUGGUAUCCAUUGGAAAGAUUAUCAUGAUCUGGAUACAAUUUACGCUUUCAUGAGAGAAAUUCGUGGCAAAUUCCCCAACAUAUGUCGCCUCUAUACCAUUGGAAAAACGGCUGAAGGCAGAGAUUUGAAGGUUUUAAGAAUUUCCGAAAAUCCCAAAAAUUAUAAGAAAAUCUGGAUUGAUGGCGGUAUUCAUGCCCGCGAAUGGAUCAGUCCGGCCACAGUGACAUUUAUACUCUAUCAGUUAAUGUCAAAAUGGCAAGAGCAGCCCGACUACAUUAGGCAAAGGACAUGGUAUGUAAUGCCAGUCAUGAAUCCCGAUGGCUAUGAAUACAGUCGUCAAUUUAAUCGUUUGUGGCGUAAAAAUCGUGCCCCCGCCAAACGAUCCCAAUGUCUGGGAGUGGAUUUGAAUCGUAACUUUGAUAUUGGCUGGAAUGGUUAUGGUUCCUCCACGAAUCCCUGCAGUGAUACCUAUAGAGGUGAAUCCGCUGGCUCCGAAUUGGAAACUGAUGCGGUGGUCAAAUUCUUAACCAAAAGAAAAUAUAACCUGGAUGCUUAUUUGACUUUCCACAGUUAUGGCCAAAUGGUUGUCUAUCCUUGGGCCUAUAAGGCCGUCAAAGUCAGAGAUUCCGGUGUAUUGCAACGUGUAGCCACUACUGCAGUUCAACGCAUAGAAAAGAAAACGGGAGAGAUUUAUCGUGCCUCUGUGACGCAUGAAGUUUUGGGCAUUGCCGGUGGUGGUUCCGACGAUUGGACUCGAGCUGCUUUGGGCACCCAAUAUGUCUACACCAUUGAACUGAGAGAUCGUGGCCACUUUGGUUUUGUCCUACCGCCUUCCCAGAUUUUGGAAACAGCCAUUGAAGGUUAUACGGUGGUGGAUACAGUGGCCCAGGCCAUAAAAUAGACUUGGAAAGGCCCACAGACCACAACGGAAUGAACGAUGAAUGAAAGUAGUUUUUAAUUGAAAACAAAUAUUAAACAAAUGCCAGUGUACUUUACCCGCCCACAUCCCGCAUACCCACACAAACAAACGAGGACUGUUUUGCGUUUAAGCAAAAGAAGAAUUAUUAUAUUGAUUAAUAAAUAAACAUAUUUUUGUUUGUUGUUUGAGUUGACACAAACAAUUUUAUUAACAUUAGCAUUAAGUGAGCAUUUGAAGAACUGUUAUGAGCAUAGAGUUGUUAAUAUGCUUAAGAAAUUU